UCAGUGACAGUUGACACCACCGGACUUUCCCUCUUUCCCCAAAAUCUCAGAGCAAAACAUAGCAAAGCUCUGCAACUGGAUCCAAUCCUAAAUUUCCCGGGAAAAUCACAAAAGGACUCCACUUUCUCACACCCAUUUCCAAUUCAAACAUGGCCAAUGCUUGGAAACGAGAGAAACCCAUCAGACCCAUCUUUCUUUUCUGCUCCGCCACUCUCUUCCUCAUCUUCUUCCUCUUCUUCCUCAGCUUCCGCCCCUUUCAAAACCCUAGCCUCCUAAACCCUAACCCCAUAAUCCAAACCCAUCUAAACCCAAUCCGCGGCCCAAUCCAACCUUUCAACUGCGAUCUAUGCCCCCAAUCCCACCCAGUAAUCGCCAACGUCGUCGAGGGCCUCCAGUACCCUUUCCUCUACUCGCUCGCCGAUUUGGGGAAACUGCCGGAGAAGCCCCACAAGAACAUUGUGAGAAUGCUGAAGGGGAAGCCUUUCCGGCGACCCGACAUUUCGGAGACGAUUCAGGAGGUCUUGGGGAGGUUCAGGAGUGCAGGGAAGGCCAAUGGGCUUGUAGUCGACGUCGGCGGCAAUGUGGGCAUUGCCAGCUUCGCCGCCGCCGUGAUGGGCUUUCGGGUUUUUGCUUUCGAGCCGGUUUUGGAGAAUCUGCAGAGGAUUUGCGAUGGGAUUUACUUGAAUCGUGUUAGGGAUUUGGUCACUGUGUUUGAGGCCGCUGCGUCGGACCGCCUCGGCAAUAUUACCUUCCAUAAGUUGGUUGGUCGUCUGGACAAUAGUGCUGUUUCAGCCACUGGUGCAAAGUUGGCUUUUAAGUCUAAUGAAGAGAUAGCAGUUCAAGUAAGGACUGUCCCUCUUGAUGAUGUAAUUCCAGAAUUUGAACCUGUUCUUGUGCUCAAGAUUGAUGUUCAAGGCUGGGAAUAUCAUGUGCUGAAAGGAGCUAAGAAGUUACUAUCAAGAGCUGCAAGUGAAGCACCAUAUCUCAUUUAUGAGGAAGACGAGCGUUUGUUGGAAGCCAGUAAUAGCAGUAAAGUAGAGAUUCGAAAGUUCCUCUCUAGUGUGGGUUACCGUUACUGCACGCAGCAUGGCACAGAUGCACACUGCACCAAGGAGGGUUAACACAUAUAUCGUGCCUUGAGUUUUGCCACAAGAAACAGUACCAAACAAUAGUUGAAAAAAUUCUGAGACAGAUUACUUGAACAUGAUUCUCUCAGAUAAGUUACUCAAUGGUCUUUACAUAUAUCACUAUAGCAACAUGAGCAACCGCAUCCUAAAUGGUGGAAUCUGUAACAUAUCUAACUCCAUGUCUGGUGGUUGAAGACGAGCUUUUUUAAUUGUUUUGGGAAACCUCCUAUUGAAAGACAUUGUAAGGUGUUCUGGUGUAGAAAAAGCUGUUCAUUGAGAUAAAAGCAUUUCUUUGAAUAAUCUAGGAUGUAAACUUUGUGUCAUGUAGACAGUUUUAAACAUUGGUUUUUUUCAUUCCGAGGAAUAGUUUCUGAAAUCAGUUUUUCAGCCAAGCUUUAUUCAAUAGAGUCGAGCUUUAUUCAAUAGAUUGUGAAUAACCACGAAAGCAGAGGUAAGCCAAAUCACCUUUUGUUCAUUUCUAAGAACUCCCACGACAUGAUCAAUGUUAUCAUGGUUUGCUUCUCUUUUGCUGGCAAUGGGUUCUUUCCACAGCAUUAGUGAAUUGGGUAUAUACUUAUGACUGGAAUUCUGUACGUGUGAAACAGGCUGUUAACAUGUAUAAUGUGAAGAAAGAUAAGAAGCAAAGCAACAGCCGGAGAAGUCUUCAGGAACCCUAGCCAGUUGAAACCAAGGAUAAACCUUCAGAAGAAGCGGAUUUAACUAGGGUUCUUCAAAGCCAUUUGACAAGGGAUCCAGAAAAGCAAGGAUUUUCGAACAAAUGCAGAAAAUGAAAUUCUUAGCCAUGACAGUGAUAAGCUGUGGAAGUUUUGAAGGAGAUUCGACAAAAUUAAUUUUUGUUAUGUAUCAAAGAUUAUUAUGAAAGACGUAUUAAGGAGAAAGCAUUUCUACUCUCUACUCCUGCUAGCUCUGUGUUUCAAGUAGCCAACUAUACCGACAAAAAAUCAAUUGACCUGUUGUAUA